AUGACAUUUGUCUCUCUCAGUGCUCUAGUGAUUCUGAUGUAUCUCUUAGGUGCUCCACUCUUGGCCGAGAACCAUGUCAAGUGUGGAACUCGCUGGGUGGUCAAGAAGUCUUUCCAAGGGGAACCCCUGCCCAGCCCCUGGCCUUGGCAAGUCAGCAUUGAGAUGGCGGUGGAGAACAGGCACUUCUGUGGCGGAGCUAUCAUCAAUGAAUUCUGGAUCAUCACCGCCGCCCAUUGCUUCAUGCCGCCCAUUUCACAAAGCUUGCAGGACAUUGUGGUGGUCAUCGGAUUAAACAAGCAACUGGCACCAGAAACUUGGGUACGCUACUCCAACCCGCGGAACGUCAUUUUGCACGAUGGGUUUGAUGUGGAAACAGGGGAAAAUGACCUGGCGUUAGUGAGGGUGAGCGAGCGCAUCAUCUUCGGGAAGUACGCUAUGCCUGUGUGUUUUCCCGACGAUGAGAUCUUCUUUGGGAACAUCUGGCUGAACUGUCGAAUCACAGGCUGGAUGAAGACGGGUGAAGAUACCACGGAUACUUUGCAGGAUGCACCUAUAAAGAUCAUCUCCUUCAGAGAAUGCAACACCACAGUUUUCGGUGGCAAUCUUCAACCGACAAUGAUGUGCAUGGAGUUUGAAGAGAAUGAACGGAUUGGUUGUCACUUGGAUAGCGGCGGCCCUCUCGUUUGCAAACUUAACAGCACGCAGCAGUAUUUCUUGAUUGGGGUUGUCAGUUGGAUCACUGAUAAUGAGAAGCGGUGGCCUGGAGUAUUCACUGUGACCAAGUCCUACCUGAAUUGGGUUGAGCACAUCACUGCACGGUACGGCAAGAAGUUCAAUUACAAGGAGUACGGGGCAGAUUUAGUUAAUCGCCACCACAGAUCCAUGAUAAGGCUCCUGCCAAAUAAUACAAGUACCCAGAAUGCGCAAAACUACUCCGCUGCAAGCACGGUCAGCCCAGGAUCGACUGUUACGUUAAGCACGAAAUCCCUACCGACACUGAAAGUGACUGCAGCCGGGAACAUCUACACCGUUUCGAUGAUUGGAAUUGCCCUGGUCCAUCUCCGCUCCUUGCUGGUCACUAUACUGGCAGCUUGACUG